AGGAGCACUUGAACGCAGCACCAACCGGCUCUUUGCUGACGAGCCGUCGCUUGUGGAAACAGCUCGUAGUUCCUGUCAGAGAAACUUGUGCCGAAAGCCACAUUUAGUGCGACGAAAGCACAAAUUGGACUCGAAAGCGACUGACUCGGCCUCGACUUAACUACCUGCUGUGGUUCUACCAGGGCUUGAGAGAUGACAUAUGGUUUAGUGUCUACUUUGCCAGACACUUGUUAGCUAAAGCUAGCUAAGCUAAUAUACGAGCACGCGUCCUGUCUGCUAAGUACCAACAUGACUCAUAUACAUUAUAAAUUCUCCUCCAAACUCAGCUACUCCACGGUGGUGUUUGAUGGACCCCACAUCACGCUGAUGGAUCUGAAGGAGCGGAUCAUGGGCAGGGAGAAGCUACGAGCCGGUGAUUGCGACCUGCAGAUAACAAAUGCGCAAACCAAAGAAGAGUAUACAGACGAGGAAGGGCUUAUCCCCAAAGGCUCUUCGGUGAUUGUCAGGAGGGUCCCAAACAUCAGAGUCGCUCAUAAAAAGACUAAAAACAUUGAGCGUUCAGAUGCCCGUGGCUUCUUUGCCUCUGGAGUCGUCAAAGCAAUGGAUGACAAGAGUUCUUCCAAAAGCCUCCCUUUAUUCUCCAGGAUGGUGAACCUGGCAGCUGCUGACGUGUCAGAAGAUGAUAAGAUCAAAGUGAUGAUGAAUCAGUCCUCGUACGACCCCACGACUUACAAUAAAAAGAUAGCUGGGGCGCUCCCCGCCAACUACACCUGUUAUCGCUGUGGAAGCGCCGGACACCAUAUUAGGAAAUGUCCAUCCAGUGGGGAUAAAAAUUUCGACGCUCCUCCAAAGAUUAAAAAGAGCAGCGGCAUUCCUCGUUCCUUCCUGGUGGAGGUGGAUGACCCCACCAUUAAAGGAGCCAUGUUGACGAAUUGCGGACGUUUUGCAAUUCCUGCCAUCGAUGCUCAGGCGUACGCCGUGGGCAAGAAAGAGAAACAUCCCUUUUUGCACAAAGAGGAGAGUGAGCCGCAGGAUGAGUCGCUUCCUGUGCCUGAGGAGCUUCAAUGUCUGAUCUGUCAUGACCUUCUGGUGGAUUCGGUGGUCAUACCGUGCUGUGGAAACAGUUAUUGUGAUGACUGUAUUCGUACAACCUUGCUGGACUCGGAAGGACACGUCUGUCCCACCUGCAACCAAUCCGACGUAUCUCCUGACACGUUAAUAGCCAAUAAAUUCCUCCGUCAGGCUGUGAAUAACUUUAAAAAAGAGAAAGACGUCACCGGAAGUCUGAAGGGAAAGUCCAGUGCCCCAACACCGAACCCUGUUCCUUCUCCUGUAGCCACCCAACAACAGAUCCACCAGUCCACCCACAACCUGCAGGCCGCCGUUAAUGAGCCUGUGGCUCGUCCCGGAUCCAGCCUACAAUCUUCGGUGCAAGCGGAAGAAAAAGCACAAGAUGAACCAAUGACACAAGUUCACAAUGACUCAGUGCAGAGAAUCUCCUUAGUUCAAACACCAACCAGCAUUCACAGUUCCUCCUUGCACUCGGUUUGUCCUCCGGGAGUUCCAUCUGAAUUCCAGCCCCUCCCUCCCGCCUCAUUAUCCAAUCCAUCCGCUGCCCCGCCUCUCUUCCUCGGCCACCACUUUCGCUCAUUGCCUCCAGGUCAGCAGUAUCUAAGUCACCCUCCAGGACACCCAGUGGCCCUGCCUAAUUGGACACACCCAAACCCUCAGGGUACCCCCAUCCCUCCCCUCAUGCCCUCUUCGUCCUCCUCCAUCCCGCCUCACAUUCAGAGGGAAUGGUUCAGUCAUCAUAGACACAGAAGCGAAAGGUCUCCCGACACCCGAUCCACCUACAGACGCUCCUCUCGUUCGAAGUCCAAAUCAUCUCGUUCAUCGAGCAGGUCCAGUCGGUCCCGCUCAAAAUCACAUGGCCGAUCAAGGUCACCAUACUCCCGUCACAGAGUGUCACACACCCGCACCAAUCCCUCUCGCUCCUACAGCUAUAGUUACAAGAGGUCCCACUCGCCCACGGCAUCCUCAUCAUCUUCUCCCCGUGAGGGUCCUCGCUCUACGUCGCAGUCAGAUCACCGCAAAAGACGCCAUCACAGUAAAAAGUCAUCUCACGGCAGCUGCAAAUCCAGGAGACGAGAGGAACGCUCAUCGCCUUCCUCCAAACACGCCAAAGGACACGCUUAUGCCACCGAGGCGACAAGCAGCCAGGAGCCAAAUACAGAUUACUACGAGGAAUGGAAAAGACAAUAUAAAGAGUGGUAUGAUAAAUAUUUCGGCAGUUAUGUCAGCCACUACCACCAACUGCCGCCUCCCCCGAAUCCGGUAUGGGCGGGCCGAGCAUUAGAAAACCACUCCAGCUACAAUUUCGACUCGUUGGACCAUUUCCAACAUAACACGUUAACGCGCCGCCGUUCUCCAUCUCAGUCAUCCAACGACAGUCGCUCUCAAUCUUCCAGCGAGGGUCGUUCUCCUCCGUCUCGAUCGUCAAGCGACUCCAGUUCCCCUCCACCUCGCUCGCCACCAUCUAAGAACCUCUCCACGAAGGACGGCCGGGCUCGGAGAGCGACGGCAAAUGAACGAAUAAAAAAGUUUGAGGUGUCGGAAGACAACCGCCGUUCUGCUGAUGCCGCACACGCAACAGGAAGGAAGGAGAAAAGGAAACGUAAUACCGCCAGUGACUCAAUCCCACACGGUGAUGUCUCGGAUGCUGUCCAAAAUCCGCUGAAAUCGAAUGAACAGGAGAAACAGAAACAAGAAAAUAAAAAGAAAUCUAAAAAAGAGUCAAACUCUCGGCGGCAGGAGGGGAAGAGCGGUCAGAGUGUCAAGUCCAGUAAAAAGGCUUCCAAAGUGGAAAAAGACCUACACACUGAAGUCUCUAAAGCUUCUAAAUCCGAGAGCGAGGGGAAAACUAAAGGAAGCAGUACCCUCGAAACCCCCAAAGAUGAAAGUCCACAGCUUGUUGACAAAGAAAAGUCGCGAGAGCCAAAUAAAGAGGAAAAGAAACCGCUGAAAAACAUUUGGGAGGAAGGGAUGAAAGUGAGACCCCAGAAGAAGAUUAGCAUCAACAUCAAACUGGAUGCAAAGAGACCCGAGGAGAAAAUUGAAAUACAGGAAGGGCCUCAUUCAGAGAGGAGUGAUGCGAAAGAAGAUGGUGAGAAGUUAGAGGGAGAAGCUCCGGUUACCGAAAAGCAGCAGGCCACUGGGCUUCAUGAACUUCAACCAGCAGAAGAGGAAGACGGGACAGAAUCCGAAAAGGGGGAUGAGCGACUGAGUAGAAACGAGACUGAAGGAGAUGAAAUGGGAAAUGUGAUGGACAAUCAAAGUGUGACAGGUAAAGACGGAGAACAAGAGAGUCUGAUUGUGGAGGAGAACAUCGCGGAUGAAAGCGAGAGGUACGAUGGCCGAGAAAAAGAAAGGGCGAGUGAGAUUGAGGAGGACGACAGCUUGGCAAAUGAGGAGCGAGCAAUACAGCAAGACGAGUCAGUUGCCGAAGAGUUGCCACAAGAGUCAAAGCCAGAAGAAGACUUGAUGGAGGGAGUGAAGAUGAAGAACGGAAGUGACGAAGACACUGUGAUGACGUCACACUCCAGUGAAAGGCCAAUCAUUACAGCGGACGGUGGUGACAGCAGCACUUUUGUGGUGGACCCCAAGGGAGGUGAGGAGUCUCCAGAGAGGAGAAUCCAGGCGACAACACCCCCACAGGAACAGAAACAUGGCCAGGACGACACGCUUGAGCUUCUGCAGGCCCCUUUCUUCAAAUUGGAGGAAGAGGAAUCUGAAGUGGGUGAAUUAGAACCUCUUUCAUUCGUGCCACCACUACCGGAAGAAGAACCUGAAGAAGUGGGUGAAUUAGAACCUCUUUCAUUCGUGCCACCUCCACCGCUGGAAGAAGAACGUGAAGAGAGUGAAUUAGAACCUCUUUCAUUCGUGCCCCCUCCACCACUGGAAGAAGAACUUGAAGUGGGUGGAUUAGCACCUCUUUCAUUCGUCCCACAACCACCACCGGAAGACGAACCUGAAGAAGUGGGUGAAUUAGAACCUCUUUCAUUCGUGCCCCCUCCACCACUGGAAGAAGAACCUGAAGAGAGUGAAUUAGAACCUCUUUCAUUCGUGCUACCUCCACCACUGGAAGAAGAACUUGAAGUGGGUGAAUUAGAACCUCUUUCAUUCGUCCCACAACCACCACCGGAAGACGAACCUGAAGAAGUGGGUGAAUUAGAACCUCUUUCAUUCGUGCCCCCUCCACCACUGGAAGAAAAACCUGAAGAGAGUGAAUUAGAACCUCUUUCAUUAGUGCCACCUCCACCACUGGAAGAAGAACUUGAAGAGAGUGAAUUAGAACCUCUUUCAUUCGUGCCACCUCCACCACUGGAAGAAGAACCUGAAGAGAGUGAAUUAGAACCUCUUUCAGUAGUGCCACCUCCACCACCGGAAGAAGAACCUGAAGAGAGUGAAUUAGAACCUCUUUCAGUAGUACCACCUCCACCACCGGAAGAAGAACCUGAAGAAGAGGGUGAAUUAGAACCUCUUUCAUUCAUGCCACCUGCCCCACCGGAAGAAGAACCUGAAAAAGAGAGUGAAUUAGAACCUCUUUCAUUAGUGCCACCUCCACCACCGGAAGAAGAACCUGAAAAGAGUGAAUUAGGACCUCUUUCAGUAGUGCCACCUCCACCACCGGAAGAAGAACCUGAAGAAGAGGGUGAAUUAGAACCUCUUUCAUUCAUGCCACCUCCACCACCGGAAGAAGAAGCUGAAAAAGAGAGUGAAUUAGAACCUCUUUCAUUCAUGCCACCUCCACCACUGGAAGAAGAACCUGAAGAAGAGGGUGAAUUAGAACCUCUUUCACUCAUGCCACCUCCACCACUGGAAGACGAACCUGAAGAGAGUGAAUUAGAACCUCUUUCAUUCAUGCCACCUCCACCACUGGAAGAAGAACCUGAAGAGACUGAAUUAGAACCUCUUUCAUUAGUGACACCGGGCCAUGGGGAAACUCGGGCAGAUUCUGAGCAAGAGAGUCAAAGGUCAGGUGAGCCACAGACAGAUGGCGAAACCAGGCAGAGAAACUAUUCUCUGGCUCCCUCUACCGGCCGAUAUGAGAGUGACAGCAGGGACACUGAAAUGGGAGGAAAGACGGAAGCGGACGAGCCAGUAGAUUUUGAGACCAACUGGAAAGGUGAGGAGGGGAGGAUAGAAGAGACGGAAAAACAGCUACCAAUCUCAAUCCAAGCCUCCUUGACAUCACAUGAGGACGAGAAGAAGGACAGCGUACAGGAAGUCAACGUAGAUGGACACAAUUCAGCCAAUCACAAUGAGCCAAAUGUCGUAUCAGAUGCAAAAAGCUCAGAGGAGGAUUGUCGCCACGUCUCCCAGCGUCACAAUAAUGACAAAACGGAAAGUAAAUCGGACAACAGAAAUAGUCCUCCACCUUCCCUAGUUGAAGUUUCGGGAAAAGUUGAAGAGUCUAGCAGGUCUAGCCUGGCAUCAAAGCCCUCAGUCAACUCGCCGUCCAAGCACCACCAUCAAGCCAAACCUGGAGGACCACCCCCCUCCAAAUAUUCAGACACACCCCCUGUUAAGGCAAAACCCAUGAGCAGAGAGGAGAUGUGGAAACGGUACAAGAUGGAAAAACUGUUAAAAGAAAGCCAGCAACAAGGCCAAGCGGCGACGCAGCCCGAGAGGGAAGCAAGUCGUCAUGACGGCGAGGCAAAAGCGGAGCGAGCGGGAGGAGACAUGCCCUCCAGUCACAACGGCAGCAGCGUGAAGAAGAGCGAGCAUGAAAGGAGGCCAAAGAAGCACAAGAAAGACAAGCACGGAGAUGCUGACCAGGAAGAACUAGAAAGGAAACACAAAAAGUCCAAAAAGAAAAAUGAGGACACUCAUUGAGGAAUGCCUUGGCUUUAGAUUUUUUUAGAAAAAAUAAAGUGCCUGACUACAUUAGUUUAAUUUCUGCUUUUUAUGUUAAGAUUAAACGAAAAGGCGUCCGAUGAUGAUCAUGAGUGAAAUGCAAAAAAAAAAAAAAAAGCACUUUAUUGUUUAGAUGGAGCAGAAGUUGAAGCUAGCAAAUGUUACAUUUCCUAAGAUUAUUUAAUUUGACUCCCGCAGAGUAAUAGUGCACAGAGAAUUUUGCUGAAGCAUUUUUUGAGGUUAAUUUAUGGUGAUAAUUUAUUUUUAAUUGAACCUCUGUUGCCUUUAAUUUUGGAAGGAAUCAUGCGGCUUAUAGAGUCUAAGGAUUUUUAUUUUUUUUCCUCCUGUGUUUUGUAGGAAUUAAAAACAAUUACAUAUGCGUUGAAAUUAGUUUUUUUUUCCCCCUUGUUGAAGUUGAUGACUGUUGCAAAAAUAAAAGAGGAAAACCUU